GCACGCGUCUUUGGAUUCUCGCCGGUGGCUUGUAGCGGUAGCUUCUGCUCAGCUCCCAGUACCUCGGGUUCUUGCGAUUCUCUACGCGAUAGCUAUGGCGGCGGCCACGGUACCGGUGAAAAAGCGUCUCCUGAAGGAUGAAGAUAUGACCAAAGUAGAGUUUGAGACCAGCGAGGAGGUGGACGUUACCCCUACGUUCGACACAAUGGGCCUGCGAGAGGACCUGCUCCGCGGGAUCUACGCGUACGGCUUUGAGAAACCGUCUGCAAUCCAGCAGAGAGCCAUUAAACAGAUCAUCAAGGGCAGGGAUGUGAUCGCACAGUCUCAGUCUGGCACAGGGAAGACUGCCACCUUCUGUAUCUCAGUGCUCCAGUGCUUGGAUAUCCAGGUUCGAGAAACCCAAGCUCUUAUUUUGGCACCAACCAGAGAAUUGGCUGGUCAAAUCCAGAAGGUACUCCUGGCUUUGGGUGACUUCAUGAAUGUCCAGUGCCAUUCCUGCAUUGGAGGGACAAAUGUAGGAGAAGAUAUCAGGAAGCUGGAUUAUGGUCAGCAUGUCGUGGCUGGUACUCCAGGUCGUGUGUUUGACAUGAUCCGUAGACGCAGUUUGAGGACCCGGGCUAUCAAGAUGCUUGUUCUGGAUGAGGCGGAUGAAAUGUUGAACAAAGGUUUCAAGGAGCAGAUCUACGAUGUGUACAGGUACCUGCCUCCUGCUACACAGGUGGUUCUCAUCAGCGCUACCCUGCCCCACGAGAUCCUGGAGAUGACCAACAAGUUCAUGACAGACCCCAUCCGCAUCCUGGUGAAGCGCGAUGAGUUGACGCUUGAGGGCAUCAAGCAGUUCUUUGUGGCUGUGGAGAGGGAGGAAUGGAAGUUUGACACACUGUGCGACCUGUACGACACGCUCACCAUCACACAGGCCGUCAUCUUCUGCAACACCAAGAGGAAGGUGGACUGGCUGACGGAGAAAAUGAGGGAAGCCAACUUCACUGUGUCCUCCAUGCAUGGAGACAUGCCCCAGAAGGAGAGGGAUUCCAUCAUGAAGGAAUUCAGAUCUGGAGCCAGCCGUGUGCUCAUCUCCACAGACGUGUGGGCCAGAGGCCUGGAUGUCCCACAGGUGUCCCUCAUCAUCAACUACGACCUGCCCAAUAACCGCGAGUUGUACAUUCACAGAAUUGGCCGAUCAGGUCGCUAUGGACGCAAGGGUGUUGCCAUCAACUUUGUGAAGAAUGAUGACAUUCGCAUCCUUCGUGACAUUGAACAGUACUACUCCACACAAAUAGAUGAAAUGCCAAUGAAUGUUGCUGACCUGAUCUGAAGUGCCGGAAGAAACAGUGAAGAUCUUUUAACAACAAAUGUGUGGACAAAUAUUGUACUUUUAUGAAAAUUUGUUUUAACUUCAUUUUUUCAUAGUUGUUUUGAGGGCCCGUAGAACCCUUUUGGAGUAAUCUUCCCUGUGAUGGCCUGCUGGAGGUGAACUUUUGUAAAUAAAGCACUGGGCUUGUCA